GAGGGACCUUAUUGCACAUAAGAACCAUUUUGUCCGCUGAGCCGGGGCAGGUCGACCUCUCCGUCCCCUUCACCCGCGGGUUCCCGCGCCGAUCUCCAUCAUCGGGAGCGGCGGCGCCGACGGCGUCCACCGCAUACUCUCGCCUCUGAAUCUUUGCGCCCAAGUCGAUCUACCCGUUCCCUCGGCCUCGACUCCCAUCUCCUGCGAGUUCGUCGCCGCCUCCGCCGAUCUCCAUCAGGCGAGCAGCGGUGCCGUCGUCGUGCUGCUUCCGCCUCCGCCCUCCGUGCUGAGAAGAUGCGGAGCGGUCGUUAUGAUCUCAGAAGUAACUUGAAGAGGGAUGAAAAAACUGAUUUUGUCAUGACGUAUUCAAAGAAGCAUAGAAUAAAGGAGGACAUAGUUUGCAAUGAAGGAGAGAUAGCUGAGUCCUUGGUUUCAGGUGACUUGCCCUGCGAAUCGAAUCAAGGUGUCUUCUGGAGUGAGCUCAGUGGAGAAGUUGCAUCUAAUCUGUCCAAAAGUGUUGUUUCACUUGCCCUGCACGAUGGAAACACAAUGUUAUUUGUAUGCUCGGGCAUAGCUGUACACCGUAAUGGACAUGUUAUAAAAUUGCUGACCUCAGCAAGCUUGCUUAAAGCUUUUAAUGACGCAAGAAAAGAUCAUGAUAACUUGAAGGUUGAAGUGCACCAUGAAGACACUGUUGUCAUAGGGUUUUUGAGAGAAUAUAAUUUAGAUCACAACAUGGCUGCUGUCAUUGUGGAGAACUUACCUGAUCUUCGUCCUGUGCCUUUCAACAAUGUUCAGAAAUUUGUACCGCAUAGCAAGGUAGUAGCUCUAGGCCGUGAUAUCUCUGGCAAAUUAAUGACCACAAGUGGGGUAUUGAUUGGUGAAUCAUACAAUGGAUAUCUUAUGUCGUCCACUUGUAAAUUCUCUGAGGUUUAUGAAGGUGGGCCACUUUUUGAUUUUGAUGGGGACUUUCUUGGCAUGAACCUUUCCUUCACUACCGAGGGAACCGUAUUUGUGCCAGGGGAUAGAGUUCUUGACCAGCUUGUGAAUUGUAUACUCGAUCAUGAGGUCAGAUUUGCUGCGCGGUUAGAGGCUUUGAAGGAAGUCUGGGUUGGAGAAAGUCCCAGCGGUGAGAUGCCUAGCUCUCAUCAAGUACAUAGAGAUGUUCUUAACAAGGAUCGAUACGGGGAUCUAGAAUCCUUGGGCUAUCCUGAGCCCCCAAAAUCGAAAGAUGGCAUGAUUUUGGCUUAUACUUUUGAAGAGCCUUUUGGUGACAUAUUUGGUAAAGGUGUCUGGAGUGAACUAAGUGAAGAUGUUGCCUCUAGCAUAUGCGAAAAUACUGUCGCACUUGCUUCAUUCAACGGAGAUAAACGAACUUUUGCAUGCACGGGUUUCUUUAUUGAAUGGAACGAGUGUGCCACUAUUCUGACUUCAGCGAACUUACUUAGGGAUUCUAGUGAUGAAAACAGGAUUGCUGAAAACUUGAGGAUUGAAGUGUUGCUUCCAAAUAAUCUGCGCACCGUAGGGACAGUACAACAUUAUAAUUUACAUUACAAUGUUGCUCUAGUCAGUGUGAAGGAUCACUGUGUUCGCCAACCAGUGAAAAUUCAACCUUAUGGGCAUAACUGUCGGAAAUUACUAGCUGUAGGGCGUAUCUUCGAAUCUGGCAGAUUAAUGGCUGCAAGAGGGCAACAAUUUCCCACUGUUGUCACACAUGACUGCAAAUUUCUUAGUUACUCUGGAUGUACAACCACUAAGGCUGGCAUUGGAGGGCCUCUUCUUUGUUUCGAUGGAACCUUUGUUGGCAUGAACUUCUACGAUGAGGGUGUAGAAGGCACCGCAUUCCUAUCAUGGUGUGAGAUUCGCGAGAUCCUGAAGUAUUUUAAGACAAAAGGGGCUGUUGCUGAACAUAGCCAUGGUAAUCCAUCUGAUGUGCUUGAUUGGAAGAUUGCUGGAGAUGAUAGUGUUCACCCUGAUAGAUGGCCGGUUCCUAUGCCGUAUUGGACUCUUCCUGAGGAUCUGGUCCAACGUAAACUUGCAGCUAAAAUAAGAAGACAAGAGGCCAUCCUGUGUUGAAUUGAUCCCCAUAUCACUAUCUUGUGAACCUGUUUAACGUCGAGAGACCUAGUUUCUAACUUUAUCACAAUGAUUAUUGUCUAGUUAGUGUUGCAUGUAUUAUAGUGCUUGGUUUCAUAAAUUAUUACUAAUGUUUCUGAGUAGUGUUUAAGUGCUCUGCCUUUUGAGCCCGACUGCCCGAGGGCCAUCCGACCAGUGAUGGACGUCCGAGCGUGCACUGUGAUGGGCCAUAUAGCCUAUGGUCUUCCAUGCCCUUCUUGUGCUACAAAUAUGUAAUCAUCCUUUGUACUCCCUUCAUCACAAGAGUUGCACGUACUUAUUUCGUUUCAGUUUUUUCUCAA